UCCAGAUGUUAAGUGUUUAUUUUUAUUGAUAAAAAGUAGCAUCUAAAAUUCUAAUGGCUUUCAUGCUUCUAUAUUAUAAAUUGCAGUGGUUAAAGAGUAAAAAAACAGUGUGAAACACUUGAUAUGUCGGUGGACGCAGAGAGCUUGGUCAAUAUAAAAUGUGCCAACGUUGAUACUAUGAAAGAGAAUGGAUCCAGUUCGAUAUCACACGAUUCCGGAAUUGAAAUAUCCGAGGUGACUUCCGCUGCAUUGCCUUCAUCACACUCUAAUAUAUCCCAUAUAGAAACUACAGAGAAUAAUAAAAAUUCCACCGAGUUGAAUGUUGAUGAAUCGCAUAAUGAUGCCCUAGAAAACGAUGGUAGUUCCGACAUAUCCACUCCUACCUCCUUGUCCUCCGAGGACAAAGACUUUAAUAACUUCGACACACAUUCCAAAAUUCAUGAUAUAGAAAAUAUAUCAGAUAACACUAGCUAUAGUGCGAAUGACCAUAACGAAACUAAAGUAUUAAAUAAGGAAAUACCGAUUGUCGAAAGUAAGGACGAUAUUUUAGACAAUUUAAACGACUCAAUGACCUUAAUAAAAACAUGCAAUUUGAAUAGUGAAUCCAACAAAACAGCUUCAUCGUAUAGUUUGAAUGAGCCAAAUGACCAAAUUACUACUAACGUCUCUCAUCUCAGUCGUAGUGCUGAUAACAUUUCGAAUUAUGACACACAUGAUGAUACAAACCAUUUAAUUACCAAAGACCUCGAUCAAGAAAGGAUUCUGUCCGAAUUCUUAAGCCAAAAAAAUAAAGUAAGUGCAACCCAGAAAAUAGUACUAGACAAUCCACAAAUUGCUGAUGGAAAAUAUGCCAGAUUACCAAAAGAAAUUUUGUCACAAGAUCUCGGUAGUAUAGUUAAAAACGUCCACGGUAUAUUUUCCUCUGUAAGUGGAAGUUUGAAAAAUGCUUACAAUAAUACUCAAAGAGUAACACAGAAGCCUAUCGUAAAAACUGUCAAACCCGUCACCAAUGGUAGGAUAAUGAAUGAGAUAUUUGAAUGUGCGGAGGAAAAGGUAGUACACGAUGUGCCCAAAUUACAAAACGACAAUUCAAGUUUAAAUAUAGAACCUGUUCCAAAAUCUGACGUGCCAGAGAUAGAACAAGAACAGAUCGACGGUAAUAAUGAAAUGUUAAAAUUACAAAUAGAAUCUUUGGAGAGAGUAUUGUUUGAGCAGAGAAAAGAAAAUGCAUCACUCCGGGAGAGAGUCAAGCAACAGUGUGAUGAAUUGCAGGCCAAGGAUCUAACAUUCAAGGACUUAGAGGCUAAAGUUGAUUUGAUGUGUAAGAGAGCGGAACAAGCGCAGAGGGAAAAGGACGCAGCAGUGAUGCGCUACGCCAGCACUGAGUGUGCUGCUAUUGAAGCGAAGAGAGCAGCAGAAACAGCCACCAAAGCUGAACGUGCGGCGAUUGCUGAACGGGAGUUGGCAACUGCAAAGCUUCGUACAGCGAGAGAGGAGAAGCAACGGAUUUGUCAACUGUAUGAUGAUAAGUGCCAUGAACUGCAGAACAGUGAACGGGAAGUGGCUAAAGUUCGCGAGGAGUUCCGGGAAGUCGAAGGUCGUUUGAAAUGGACGCAGAGCAAGCUUCGAAUGGAAAUGAACGCUUUCAAGGAAAGCGCAGAAAGGGUUGAGAAAUUAUCACAACAAGUCGCAGAGUUGGAGGCGGCUAAAGAAGCGGCCAUUUUGAAUGCAACUGACUCGAUCCGAGCUAAACAAUUAGAAUCAGAUUUGAAAGAGAGUCAAGCGACUUUAAUCAUGUGUCGUCAUGAGAAGGAUGAUUUCGAAAGACGUCUGACCGUCGCGCUCCAACAACUAGACACAUGCAAGAGGGAACGGGACGAAGCUAGCGGAUCUCUCGCUCUAGCCAAUGAACAGAUUGAAUCGCUGAAGGAGAGCAACGUCCGUUUGGAGGAGGAAGCGGCGGAGCUGGCGGCGUUGCGUGCGAGGGCGGCGUUGGCUGACACACUCGAAGCUCAGCUGCAGCGAGAGACGGAGCGCGCGUGGACGGCGGAGCAAGCGCUGAGCACGGAGCGCGCGCGCGCCGAGACGUGUCUGCGGCGGGAGGCGGCCGCGCUCGAGCACGCCGCGCGCCUCACCGCCGCGCACGUGCACGAGCGCGCGCGCGCCGCCGAGCACGAGGCCAAGGCUCAAGCCCUCGCCGCGGACAACACAUCCCUCCGGGAGACGGUGCAGGUUUUGCAAGAGGAGGCUGGCAGGUUGAGAUCCGCGUUAGAUGAUGAAAUGGAUCGACGGAAUAAAGAGAACCGGGUGCUAGCGAGGAAGGUCGCAGAGCUGACAGAGGAAGCAGCGGAAGUGAACAAAAAGUUGGAGUACGAACAGGGAGAGAACAGCGUGCUGAAGAAGAAGCACGCGAGUGCCAUAAAGGAAUUGAAUCGAGAAUUAAACCGAGCCUUGAAACGAAUAGAGUUGUUGGAAGCGAAGUUACCUCAAAAUGACGCCAAUUCGACUUGCAGGGGGUCAGUGUCGUCUUUAAGCAGUGUCGACAGUCCGCACGAAGAACGCGUACAGAACGGGCACGAGGAUGUACCUAAUGUUCAGCCCGAGCCGCGCGCGCUGGUGGAGCGCAUCGUGUCGCUGCAGCGCGCGGCGGCGGCGCGCUCGGAGCGCUGCGAGUUCCUGCAGGAGCACUGCGCGCACCUCACGCGCGAGCUGCGCCGGAAGUCGCGCGUGCUGCGCGCCGCGCUGGCCGCGCUGCCGGCCGCCGCGCUCGCCUCGCCCGCGCACGAGCGACACAAGAGUGAAAUCGCUCAAAUGGGCGGUGGUGCGAUGGCCGCGGUAUGGGGGGGUGACCCUGGAGGGAUGACGCUGGAACUGUCGCUCGAGAUGAACAAGAGACUCCAGGCUGUUCUCGAAGAUACGAUCCUGAAGAAUAUUACUCUUAAGGAAAAUAUGGACACGUUAGGAGAGGAAAUAUCGAGAUUACGCGAACAAAUGAAAUGCAACGAUAAAAAGUAACAAUCGCACGUACCUUAAACCUACCUUAAUUUAUUUCUCUCUUUCACGCAUAUGGAUUUAAUCAUCUAUCUCGCUCGUGUAAUGUAAAAAUAUGAAACACGAAGGUAAGUUGUUACAAUCACAUGUACCUUAAAUAUUUGUUAAUUUAUUUCUAUGUAGUAUUUCGUCUCUUUCUCGCAUGUGGAUAUAGUCAUCUGUCUCGCUCGCACGCGUUUCAUAUCGCAGGGGCGUUGAUUAUUUGUAUUACAUUUUACUGAUUGUAAAAUAUUUUUAAUCUUUUUUAAUUAGGUUCUUAUUGUGAAUGUCCUUCGUGGUACUGGUUGCAUAACUAUCUCAUGCUUGACGGUGAAGUAAAACCCAUCCCUCCCAAUUUUAACGGCGUCCUAGGCCGGGUUCCUUCAAAGGAGGCGUGAAGAGGCAUCUUGUGCCGUCGUCGCGUUUGAACUCUACUACCACUUACCAUCAGGUGGAGUAGAGUCAUUUGGCCUUCUAAAAUAAACUAUAUAAAAUAUAAAAAAAACCGAGGUCCGGCCUCAGAGGAGGCACCCUUAGGACGUCCGUUUCUCUUGAGCCCCUCGUGUGGCUCCCAGCAUCCGGCUGAGUUUAACUCGCCCAUCCCGCCAGGUGACGCUGUCGAAGCCACCAAGGCCAACAGCAAUACACAGUCCGAAAAAAAUAAAUGAAGAAAAACAUCGUGAAGAAACCUGCAUGUGCAUUCAUUGAAAUUAUACCACAAGUGUAUUCUACCAACCCGCAUUGGAGCAGCGUGGUGGAAUAAGCUCCAAACUUUCUCCUCAAAAGGGAGAGGCCUUAGCCCAGCUGUGGGACAUUAACAGGCUGUUACAGUACUGUUAUUAUUAUUUAUUCUGUGUCAACGAAUGUUAACGGGAUACUUUAUAAUCAAAUCGUUUAACGAACCGCCAUGAUUAUUUCUAUAUAAUCGCAUGUAUGUAUUUGUAAUAAUACUUUCCUCAUUUGCCAUUUGUUAUUUGCCGUUAUGGACACCUUAGCUCGUCUGGGUAGGUACCACCCACUCAUCAGAUAUUCUACUGCAAAACGGCAGUACUUGGUAUUGUUGUGUUCCAGUUUGAAGGGUGAGUGAGACAGUGUAAUUACGUCUGUAAAACAUCUUAGUUCCCGAGGUUGGUGGCGUAUCGGCGAUGUAAGCGAUGGUUAACAUUUCUUACAAUGCCAAUGUCUAUGGGCGUUGGUGACCACGUACCAUCAGGUGGCCCAUAUGCUCGUCCGCCUUCCUAUUCUAUAAAAAAAACACCAUCCCGUCUAUUAUAAGGGAUGCUAUUAUUUUGUGAGCUUCCGAGUGGCGUUCCCAAAUGAGCCGAUCGGAUAUUCAGUUCUUUCCACUUUUAUCAGUCGGAUGUGACGUCACUAAUGGCAAUGGAUUGGCUUGGCUCAUAUAAAAGGCGAAACGUGUGUGUCGAGUUUCAAAUAACGUUAUACAAUGGCGCGAGCGAGACAGCUAUUGCGAGAGGGAGAUGUAUUUUUUUUAUUACGAAAUUGAACGUUAACGUCGUAUAUCAAACAUUCCUGUUUAAAAUUAUUGGUAUUGUUAUAAAUUUGUAUGUAUGUGUGUAUUGAUUGCAAAAGUGACUUAACUUCUAUACUAUUCAAUUUAAAACAUAGCAUUAAAAAAAUAUCGUCCAGCAUCGUACACGCGAUAGAAGUGGAACAUCUAAAAAUAUAUAGCUCUCUUUCUUACUCUCUACGUCACAUCUUUUUUCUCGCUCGUUUUACUAAAUGCGCCGAAAAGUGACUUGUCCUUUAAAAUUUGCUCUCAAUUUUCUUCAAUCUAUCAAUUAUUGAAGUUUCGCGUCAAAAAUAUUAUAGAUAAUUUAAAAAACGACAAGGUAACUUAGGCUGUCUGUUUUUAAUUAUAUUUUUUACAUUUUACUUUACGCAAGCUCGUAUGGAUACCACGCACCCAUAAGAUAGACAAUAUAGAUGAGCUUGCUUAUUUAUCUUUAUUUAUUUAUUUGUCGGGCCGGUUGGCGUGGUUGGUUGCUUGCCUUUUACGCCGAAGGUUGUGGGUUCGAUUCCCACCCGGGACAGACAUUUGUGUGCAUGAACAUGUCUGUUUGUUCUGAGUCUGGGUGUAAUUAUCUAUAUAAGUAUGUAUUUACAAAAGAAAAGUAGUAUAUGUAGUAUAUCAGUUGUCUGGUUUCCAUAGUACGAGCUCUGCUUAGUAUGGGAUCAGAUGGCCGUGUGUGAAUAAUGACCCAGGACAAUAUUUUAAUAUAUAUUAAUAAUAGUUUGAAGUGAAGUCACUUUUUGAAUCACAAUUGUGCGUAUAUGACUAUUUAAAAGUAGGAAAUAAAUUUCUAAAAAUAUUAUAAAUAAUGUAUGUACAUACGAUUGAUUACGUACUUAUACUUAAUCGAAUGUGUGGCGUCGGUUUUAUACGACAGCUAAAUUUAAAAAAAAAAAACGUAAAGUGUUGCCAUAAACAAUAUUAUAAAUAAUGUUUUGUCCUUAAAAUGUUUUAAUUAUUUUUAGGGCAGAUAAACUAGUAUUUUCUGAUUAAUUAUGUUAUGACAAAUGAAAUUAUAUUAAUUAUUGUAAUUAUAAUUUCGAUUUGAUUGAAAUUAUUCAUUUAGUCCUUUUUUAACCCUUAAAUGCUGCCAUUUGUCUAUAGACGCGUUACGUUAAAAAAAACAUUUUCAAAUUAUUUCUGAACGCAUUUCGAAUGUCACUUUGAAUGCAGACAGAAAAUAUUUUAUAACUUAUCUAUAUAUUUUAGAUAUGCGAGUCGCGCAUUUAAGGGAUUUUAUUGUGACAAUUUUAUUUUUUAAAUAGGAACAAUUUUAAUAUAAAUAUGAUAAAUGAUGAAUGUGAGAAUUUUUAAUGUUGGUAACACUGUUAAACCGUAAACGCAGGCCGCAUUUCCACGCUGUACAGUAGUUGCCGUUUGCAGUUAUGUUCUUGUAUUAAAUACAAUGUUUUUUUUUUUUUAAUAAUUAAAAUUGUAAAAAAAUAAAUAAAUAAUUGAGAGUGUAUGAUUGUAUAAAUACAUUAUUUGCCAAUCAUUCUUAAGGAAAAUAGUUAGAAAAUGAUUAAAGUUCUUUAAAUAAACAAUCUUAUUGUAGUUAAAAUAUAUAUUUAUAUAUGUCGUGAAAUGAUAUUUGUCGUGAAAUUAUAAUUUGAUGAAACCAGUUUAUUAUAAUCUCUAUGCCGUACAAUUUCUGAACGAUUGAAAUCUCCAUGUUGUUAUAUUAAAAUUUAAAUACUGAAAAAAAAGUUGUCUCAAAAACAUAAAUUUUAAUUACAAUAGAAAAUAUCAAUUAUAUUAUAAAUCCAGUGAAUUGUAAUUUGAAGAAAUAUACACAAUCGUCUGAUUGUUAAACGACCAUUGAAGAGGCGACUAAUCGAAUCGCACCUCAUCAAGUGUUGCCAUUAUAAAAUUAAUUAAUUAGGACUAUUUAUAGUGUAAAAAAAUCGUCCAGUGAUAAAAUUCCUUGCAAAUCUUAUUAUUACAUUAUAAUAUUAGACGAAAUAAUCUUUAUUAGAAUAACAUGACUUAAAGUUAAAUAUAAUAAUGGUCGCCACAUAGGUAGGUACUCAGCCAACGAGAUAUCAAGUAAUUUUUUUAUUGAAAACCGAUACUGUCACUAAUAUAAUGGCUUUUACAAUAACGCUUCGAAAUAUUUAUAGUGCGAUUUGACAUUAGAGAAAGUGUUUCAAAAACAAUAGUUUAUAUUUAGAGCGUAGAGGUAAAGGGAAGUACAUUUGUGUAUGAAAAGUGUACCUUAAAAUGUAUGAAAAUAAAUGGCCCCGCUAGAGGUUGCUAUUUGAAGGAACGCGUUUAUAUUCGGUUGAUUAAAACGGAAAUAAUAAGAGGAAGUUGUCAUCCGCCUUCGAAUUUAUAAAUUUCAAUUAAUAAACACAGCCCUCCAACUACAGUAGCGCCAUUCUGGCAAUUUAUGGAACCCUUAUUUCAGACAUUUCGAGUUGGUAAUGCUUUAAGAACCAACUUGUUAAAUGUCAGAAAGUAAUAUGCGAUAUUGACCUUUAUAAUUAUAACAUUUCAAGGAUACACGAAUCAAAAUUGUAUAUCGCCAUACGUUGGUUACCAACAUUUCAAUGGCGAGUAAUGAAGUGAGUUCUUACUGAAUAGCACUGCACCCAUGCAUUCCUUACCUCAACACUCCAUAAUAUAGAAGUCGAAGGUUAUUAUGUAUUCAUAAAUGAAACUGAAUUUCAACAUGGCGUUCUUUGUAUCUUUCUUAGUCUAAAUUUAAUAUAUGUUCGUUAAUCUCUGUUGGAGCGUAACGUUUUUAUCAGCGAUCUUAACGAAGCAUUGGUUAUUGAUUUUUGUUAUGGUGGAAACUUCUCGAAAUGCCCUCAAAAAUAUUGGUCAAUAGCUUAUUUAUUCUGACAGAUCGAAUUCUAUCUCUUUCUGAUUAGGAGAUUUUGAGGAUUCUUUCUGAUUAUCUGAUAAGGAUAAAAAUAGAUGUUUUAGAGUUAUCACGUGAUUGUUAAGCGAAGGCAAGCGAGCAGCUCUGUGUUUUCAAUGUUAUAUUUUUUUUUCAUAAUUUCGUUGCGUGGAAUCUACGCAGCGUGGACUCUCCACACCGUCUCCUUAGACAACGGUAGUUUCGUUUAACUUUUCUACUUAAUAAAAAGUAUAACUAAGAUCUGGAAAAUUAUUUAUUACGUCGAUUGUGUGCGAAUGACUAAUUUAUUAUAAAAUUGUAGCUUUCUUGGAUACUACGUUUAUCUUAUGAGGCUGCAGAUUGCUAUGGUUUGAAACCCGGCUGAAUAAUAAUCAUUGGGGUUUUCUAUCCAAAUAGGUUGUUAAAUUUUUGUCCCUUGAAAGCACGAUGCAAGUCUAUAUAUAAACGACAAGGUAAAUAUCGGUUACCAAUAAACAGUUAUCAACGAAACUUUUUUGUGACCUGACAUAUCGAAUACUUACAAUUUAAAAACUUUACUUUUUAAAUUGGUGGUAUCUCCGAUAUUAAUUUGUCAAACGGUAGGACAUUGCUUUUAACUGCGUGCGAACUUUUGUGUUUUUUUAACUGUAAAUAUAAACGAAUGCAGUAAGAUUACCAUAGACUAGAUGUCGUUGACGGCUAGAGAUUAUAGAUGACAUUAAGUUCUAAUGCCUAAUUUAAUUAAAAAAUAUUUCUCUGUGUUGCCUAAAUAAAAAAUAUCGCUCUGUGUAUCAAUUUUCUAAUUUAGGUAUUCAAAUUAUAUAAUGUAAAUUGUUGUCAAGUGUAAAGUUUAAUUCUCCAAUGA